UACCUCGGUAGCAGGCCCUUUGAUGGAACUGUCUCCGUCGCAAUCGAUUGAUUUCUAAUGUUAAUUGCAGGGGGUUAUGUUCUAAUUUAUGUAAAAUGAGAGUACCUGGCUCGCGUUAAUCAUUUGCGGAUACAUAACAAAAGAAAUGGAAUAUGAUUUUUAUUUUUCAUAUUAAACGACUUCAAUCAGAUUCUUCAAUCCAUCUACUGCGUUGUUGAUUCGUCGAGAUGAUGGAGGGUCUAGUCGGGUGAAUCCAUUCGGUAUGAGAGUCAUCAAUUCACCACUACCUCGUACAGCUAGAAAGACACUCUCCAGGAACUACACAGUCAUUCCACCGGCUCCCAUCCCUGCACCAGAACCCCUUUCGGCAGGAUUCACCAUAGCCGUACCUAAGGUGGAAAUCACUGUGUGCUUAGACGAGGAUCCAGUAGAUAGUGACGUCAUCGUUCUCUUGGAAGAUCCCUUGCAGGGUGUCUUUGUGAAUGGGCGGAUCGUUGGGGAUACUGUUCCUGGUCGACUCGGAGACAAAGAGCGUACCUUCAUCGGCGAGAUCGCCAUCGUCCUCAACGCACCUCAACCCUCUCGACAUCGUCUCAAGUUCAACCCUGGAGGUAUAGCCGUCGACUCCAGUCGUCCCUUGCGUUGGGGCAUCACGUCUGCCUAUAGCUUUGGAUCGCACACUCUGGAGAUCAGUGGAAUGAAGGUGGUGGUGUCGCUCGCGAAUGGUGCAAGAUUUGAGAUAGAGAGCAAACGACUGGAUUCCAACACUGACAGGCAGCGACCGGAUGCGUUCACGUUUAACGUGCUCGAUAAUUCUGGCCUUACGUCUGCUGUCGAUGGUAUCAUAGGGCGGUUCCAACGUGCCAGUUUGAUUCUAGACCAGCCCAACUCGCAGCUUUUCUCGACAUCUUCUAGUGGAUGUGGCCUUUCUUUGUCACGUAGCCGAGCCGUCAGCGUAACCCUUACGUGGCGAAAUAAUGGUCUUUCCGGUUCAAGCGAAGUCUGUGACGCCCUCGGCGGUGACAUGCUGUCAAACAAUCUAAACGGACUGCAGUAUACCAACUUCCGACGUACUAGUCUUUAUUCUACCAUCUAGGAUGGACUAAGAAUUAUAACUCAUACCGUAUUUUAGUCUUUGUUCAACAAUGUAGGGACUAAAAUAUCUAAAUGUACGCAAAUCGUUUGUCUUGUAAAUAACAAGCCCCGUACGUUUAGUCUUUAUUGUGAAGUUUGAAGUUUGAAGUUUGAAAUCGUAGAUUCUAAAUGAACAUGUAUCAUUUGUCUUCUAAAUAUCAAGGUCUAUGCAUAUCAUAUUUCUUUACUAUCGGAUCCAUGGAUAUGAUAACAAGAUGUGUUUGUAUUCAUUUAGCUACUUAUAGUUUUACAAUUUGUAUAUAUCUGUAUUUCUAUCUGUCUAUUUCUCAUUACAUUUAUGUAAAUUCGUAUUGAAUAAUCAUCUUACAUACUUUGCCUAUUGAUAUGUUUGUAUAGUUAGGACUUGUCAUACGUUACGUACAGAUUUUCAUUGCGAACCUUUUGAAAAUUUUAGAUAACUUUUGUGCUGGCAAAUCGAUCGAAGUGGUCAAUUGUAUCGCUUAACUACAAUAAGGCGUGAGAUUUUUGCAUCACUUUGAAUUAAUUUACUUUUUUAUGUUUGUGUCAAUUUCAUUGUAUGGAGUAACGCGAAGUAAAUGCACAGAUAUAAGUUGUUAUAUAUGUACAGUCUGAAUGUAGGGAGAGUAGAAGUAAUAUUAUAGAAACAAGUUUAGCUUAAUUCUUUUUUUUUUGACGAAGAAAGAAAGUUGACUUCUACGAUAAUUUGUAAUGAUUUUGUAUGAAUAUUAUUAUUCAACACCUUAUUUAAUCAUGCUCCUUAGUUUACACCAUUCACAUUUCAAAUGCAUCUUCAAACAAUGAUCUUUAACGCCACACUACAUAGACAGCGUGUGAUGUUCCAAUAGCCUAUAAUAUUUAUCAAGCAAGCGGAUUCAGUGUUUAAAAAUUGUUGUAAAUUUUCGAUUGAGACUGCCGUUGAUCAGCCAUUGAUUGUUAUCAUAAUUUCACUGUAAAUUAUUUCUUCAUUGAGGUAAAUAAGGCAAGAUGAAUAAGCAGAAAUUUAAAAGAAACAUUCAUGAUUUGAAGUUUACAAAUCUUCAGGUUUUACGUAGCCCCAUCCUUGUCCCUGCAAAGGGCUUCCAUAAGUACUGUACAUAAGACCCCCCCCCCCCUCUUUUCAGUUAUUGUGUUCAUAUGAACUUUAUAAACUCGUUGAUGAAUUUCUCUUUCAUAUAAUUUCAGUUCUUCCUUGCAACUGUAGUCGAAUCAAAUGACUGAAGCUAUGAAACAAAUAUACAGCACUUCAAUCACUCAUUUGAAACUAAAAGCGAUGAAUAAAAAAGGGGAAACAUGUAUCUA